GACUAACUUCUUUGGUGUUCGUGCACAUGUUGGUUUGAGUUUGGGUUAAGUAUGGAUUUGUGAACUGCGUGUAUUAAAUAACGAAGUGUGCGUGAUUAGCAGAAGAUUUGCAAUUAACUUUCCUGGUGGCAGGAGAGUAGCUUGAUAACUCAGUGAGGUGCAUAAACAUCCAGCAAGAUGGCAUCAUUUCCAGGAACACUGGCAUUUGAUGAAUUUGGCCGACCUUUCAUUAUCAUACGUGACCAGCAGAAUCAGCAGAGACUUACAGGAGUGGAGGCCCUGAAGUCUCAUAUGUCUGCUGGUAAAACAAUUGCCAAUGUCUUGAGGACAUCUUUGGGUCCAAAAGGUUUGGACAAGAUGAUGGUGUCAGCAGAUGGGGAUGUAACUGUUACAAAUGAUGGAGCAACAAUUUUGAAACAGAUGGAUGUUGACCAUGAAAUAGCAAAGCUUAUGGUGCAGUUGUCUCAGUCACAAGACGAUGAAAUAGGUGAUGGCACAACUGGAGUAGUCGUGCUUGCUGGUGCCCUUUUGGAGCAGGCAGAACAGUUGUUAGAUAAAGGUAUACAUCCUAUUCGUAUAGCUGAUGGAUUUGAACUUGCAGCUCAUCAUGCUGUGAAGCAUCUUGAUUCCAUAGCUGAUAGUUUCCCAUUCGAUGUUAAUAAUUUGGAGCCUCUUAUACAAACUGCUAUGACUACAUUGGGCUCAAAGAUUGUAAACAAAUGUCACCGACAGAUGGCAGAAAUUGCUGUAAAUGCUGUAUUGGCAGUGGCUGAUAUGGAAAAGAAAGAUGUUAACUUUGAGUUAAUUAAAGUGAUAGGCAAAGUUGGAGGCCGCUUAGAAGACACAAUGCUUGUUAAGGGUGUGGUUGUUGACAAAGAUUUUUCACAUCCUCAGAUGCCAAAAGUUUUAAAAGAUGUGAAACUGGCUAUCUUAACUUGCCCAUUUGAACCACCAAAGCCUAAGACAAAGCAUAAGUUGGAUGUCACUAGUGUAGAGGACUAUAAAGCCCUGCGAGCUUAUGAAGCUGAAAAAUUUACUGAAAUGGUACAAAAAGUGAAGGAUACAGGUGCUACACUUGCCAUAUGUCAGUGGGGUUUUGAUGACGAGGCAAACCAUCUCUUGCUGCAAAGGGAACUGCCAGCUGUCCGUUGGGUUGGAGGCCCAGAAAUUGAACUGAUUGCUAUAGCCACUGGUGGUCGCAUAGUGCCAAGGUUUGAAGAACUGACUCCGGAUAAACUGGGGCAUGCAGGCUUGGUUCGAGAAAUCAGCUUUGGUACCACAAAGGAUCGCAUGUUGGUAAUUGAAGAAUGUAAGAACUCCAGAGCAGUGACAAUCUUUAUCAGAGGAGGAAACAAGAUGAUAAUUGAGGAGGCAAAACGUAGUAUCCAUGAUGCACUGUGUGUUGUUCGAAAUCUUGUGGUGGAUAACCGUAUCGUUUAUGGAGGUGGUGCAGCAGAAAUCUCAUGUGCACUUUCUGUCUCUGCUGAAGCUGACAAAUUUUCCUCACUCGAGCAGUAUGCAUUCCGUGCUUUUGCUGAAGCGCUGGAGAGUGUACCUUUGGCUUUGGCUGAGAACUCUGGCCUCUCACCGAUACAUACCGUUACAGAAGUAAAGGCACGCCAAGCAGUUGAGGGCAAUUCAGCACUAGGUAUUGAUUGUAUGCUCAAUGGCACAGCUGAUAUGCGCCAGCAGCAUGUCAUUGAGACCCUGCGUAGUAAGAAGCAGCAAAUUGUGCUUGCCACUCAACUGGUUAAGAUGAUUCUAAAAAUAGAUGACAUAAGGUGCCCCAAUGACCAAGGCUCCCAUGGUUUGUAAAACACUACUACCAGUUUCCACUUAAAGUUUUGGCAAUGUUUGUAAAAAUGUUGCAUUUACUUUUGCUUAUUUAUGAGACUUUUGCACCAAGGAAAGCAGUGUAAGAAGUACAGUAGUUCACUUACUGUGAUAUGUGAAUGCUUCUGUUUAAAUUUCACCUUACUUAUAGCUAUUCAUUUUUCUUAUUUGUGAAAAUGCUUUAAAUAAUAAUAAACAAGGCAGAAUUCUGCGAAGAAAAGUAGUUAAUGUUAUUGUUCCCUUGGUGCAGUAUAUUUCCGUAAAAUGUGAUUACCUAAAAUAACAUAUUCUUCUUUGUUAAUGUUAAUCUGAUUUUAUAAUUAAGUUGUAACAGAUCUUAAUAAACAGUAUCAUACAAUUUUACGGUAACUAAUCUGUCAGAACCUUGUAAUCACUGACUAAAUGUUGUGUUGCACCUUUUUUCUACACAGACGACUUUUUAUUACUUUUCAAAUAAAUUUUUUGAACACAUGAAA